AUGUCCAAGUCCAGCAAGCGGCGCGGGAAGAAUUGGUGCGUCGCGUCAGUAGAUCUCAUGCUGGACAAAGUCGAAUCGAUAAUACCGAUGGGCAAAAACGCAUGGAGAAAGGUAGAAAUUGAGUUCAACACAGCGGCAAGCGGCUUUCCGCAUCGUGAUGCGGAAUCAUUGAAGCGUAAAUAUCAACAGCUACGCAACAAUCCGAAGCCAACAGGCGACCCGGAGUGCCCGAUGGAUGUUCGGAGAGCAAAGUGGAUUGUCCGUGACAUCGACAACAAAGCAGACGUUCUGGCACUCGAGGACGAUUGUGAAGAGGACGACGAACAAAACGUGAAGAACUGCGAUUGGAGCGUGAUGAUGCUUGGCGUCGAGAACAGGUUGCACGUGAAACCAAAUCAGAAGCCGACCGUCAAGAGCGCGAAGAUCGUCGAGAGCAACUGCAGCUGA